AAUAAAAUGAUUUGCCAUAAUGUACAAACAAUAUUAGGAUACGUUUAACUAAGAAAAUAGCUAAUCGAUCGUACAAGUUUUGGAGGAAAAUAAACUUUACUGAAGGGCAAGGUCAAUCCCGGCAGCCAUGUCAAAACAGUCGAUCAAACGGAAAUGUAUCCCAGGCUUAUUUAUGAGCCCAUGGAAUGUUUUCAGUGUGUGUAAUAGGAUGUACUAAUGGACGACAGCGAACACAAAAGCUUCUUCUUUGACAGUUCUCCGUUCCAUUCGCAUGACGACACCAAAACUGACUUCCGGUAUUUAGACACCACUCCCUCCUUUACUGAAACUCAGGCUGAAGAUCCCGAUGCAACCCAGGCACCAACAGGGUCUACUGUUCUCUCUCCUCCUGUAGCAUGGACAUCAACGUCGAGACAAGGGAUAUCAACACCGCGACAAAGGACAUCAACACCGAGACAAGAGACAUCGACAUCGAGACACGGGACAUCAACAUCGAGACCAGAGACAUCAACAUCGAGACAAGGGGCAUCAACAUCGAGACACGGGACAUCAACAUCGAGAAAAGAGACAUCAACAUCGAGACAAGGGACAUCAACACCGAGACACAUCGAAACUCCUGUUAGCGUCAACACCGGUCAACUAGUUGAUGUCAGUGAUACUGAGUCCAGUUAUGAAGACAAUUCUGAAUCUCUCAUAUCAAAGAAAUCAAGAAAACGUUCUUUUUGCAGGAUUCAGGAAGGGGGUACCCCUAUUUCAGCCACAGCUGUCCAUUCACAUUUUGACAGGAUGACAUUUCGGAAAAAGCCUCGCUUAACACUGCCAGGUUUUGUGGACAGUUGGCGGAAAGAAAAAUCUCUCAUUGAAUGUCUCGAGUAUUGUCUUGAAAAUAAAGUUCUUACUGACGUGACAUUCAAGGUGGGAAGAGAACAGAAGAACGUCCAGGCUCACAGACAGAUUGUCAGUAUCCGCAGCGGCGUGUUCGAGGCCAUGUUCUACGGACCAUUGGCAGAGCAGGAUGAGAUCGUCAUUCCGGACGUGGAACCUGACCUCUUUGAAGAAUUUCUUAAGUAUCUGUAUACAGAUGACGUAAAACUGAGCAAAGACAAUGCCAACGACUUUCUGCGCCUAUCAAAGGAUUAUGACGUCACAACCCUAGCACAGCGAUGUCUGACCUGUUUGUCUUUGGAGGAAGCCCUCCAGUACAAUGAACAUGAUCUCGAGAAAAAAGUUCUUAAUUACAUUUUGGAAAACGGAGAUACAAUGGAAAAGUCAGUAGAGGAUACCAACAUUUAUAUCUCAUCGUUUAAAGCCAGAACUACGUCUCCUUUGAUUCGUACCGAUAACACAGCCACAGACAUUCAUUCUGUUAUUCAAACGGAAGACACAGCCACAGGCAUUCGUUCUGUGAUUCAAAUGGAAGACACAGCCACAGCCAUUCGUUCUGUGAUUCAAACGGAAGACACAGCCACAGGCAUUCGUCCUGUGAUUCAAACGGAAAACACAGCCACAGGCAUUCGUCCUGUGAUUCAAACGGAAGACACAGCCACAGGCAUUCGUCCUGUGAUUCAAACGGAAGACACAGCCACAGGCAUUCGUCCUGUGAUUCAAACGGAAGACACAGCCACAGGCAUUCGUCCUGUGAUUCAAACGGAAAACUCAGCCACAGGCAUUCGUUCUGUGAUUCAAACGGAAGACACAGCCACAGGCAUUCGUCCUGUGAUUCAAACGGAAGACACAGCCACAAGCAUUCGUCCUGUGAUUCAAACGGAAGACACAGCCACAGGCAUUCAUCCUGUGUUUCAAACGGAAAACACAGCCACAGACAUUCAUAAUCUUAUUCAAAUGGACGACACAGCCAAAGGCAUUCAUCCUGUGUUUCAAACGGAAGACACAGCCACAGGCAUUCAUCCUGUGAUUCAAACGGAAAACUCAGCCACAGACAUUCAUAAUCUGAUUCAAAUGGAAGAUACAGCCACAGGCAUUCAUAAUGUGAUUAAAAUGGAAGACACAGCCACAGACAUUCAUCGUGUAAGUCAAAUGGAAGACACAGCUACAGGCAUUCGUCCUAUGAUUCAAAUAGAAGACACAGCCACAGGCAUUCAUCGUGUUAUUAAAAUGGAAGACACAGCCACAGGCAUUCGUCCUGUGAAUCAAAUGGAAAACACAACCACAAACAUUCGUCCUAUGAUUCAAAUAGAAGACACAGCCACAGGCAUUCAUCGUGUUAUUAAAAUGGAAGACACAGCCACAGGCAUUCGUCCUGUGAAUCAAAUGGAAGACACAGCCACAAGCAUUCAUCCUUUGAAUCAAAUGGAAGACACAGCCACAGACAUUCAUCGUGUUAUUAAAAUGGAAGACACAGCCACAGGCAUUCGUCCUGUGAAUCAAAUGGAAGACACAGCCACAGGCAUUCGUCCUGUGAUUCAAAUGGAAGACACAGCAGCAGACAUUCUUCGUGUUCUGCAAAUGGAAGACACAGCCACUGACAUUUAUUCUGUGCUUCAAAUAGAAGAAGAUAAAACUACUGACAUUCACCGUGUAGUUGAAUCGAAAAACAUAUUCAGUGACAUUCCUUCCUUGAUUGUAAUAGAAGACACAGACAUCCAUCCCGUGGUUGAAACAAUCUCAGACUUUGCUCCUGCCAUUCAAAUAAGAGACACAAGCACAGACAAACAUCCUGCGAUUCAAAUAAGAGACACAAGCACAGACAAACAUCCUGCGAUUCAAAUAAGAGACACAAACACAGACAAACAUCCUGCGAUUCAAAUAAGAGACACAAACACAAACAAUCAUCCCGCGAUUGAAUCGGGAAACGUAUUAAACGACAUUCCCCCUUUGAUUCCGAUAGAAAACAUAUCCAACGAGGUUCCUUCUUUGAUUGAAAUACAAGACACAAGCAGAGACAUUAACGACGUGACUCCAAAAGAAAGUACAACCACAGAUUGUCCUAAGAUUCAAAUGCAAGAUCAAUCCUCGAUAAUUCAGCCUUUGCUUCUUCAUCCCCGGAAUACCUACAAGGAACUUGUAACCAUAAGGCGCUUCGGGAGCUUUGUAGCCUCCAGUUGGCAGUGCUCUGGUCACUAUGACAACGGAAUCAUGUUCUCUGUAAACCAAGAUGCGUCGUUGCUAGGAUUCCAGUUGUACUGCGCAGAUGACGGAACGGCCCAACAGUAUGACGUCACAGCCUUCAUCACCAACCCAAUAACCGAUGACGUAAUCAAAGGCUCAGCAAUAAAAAAAACAAUCCUGGCUAAAUCGGCCGAGACUAAAACGUAUGACGUGCAAUUUCCUCGUGGUAUACAGCUGGCGGGAGAUAAAAAGUACAACCUCGUUGUGAACAUCAAGGGGCCGCUGUCAUACAGUGGGUUGUCGGGCAGGUCUAAAGUGCAGCAUGGUCCUUUCGUCUGCUCGUUCUUCAAGGCCAGGGAAUCGAAGCACAGUGAAGGACGAGACUGUUGCGCGCUUGUUAGUUCAGGCCAAAUACCGGGUUUACUGUUCUUGUUGUGAGAUCAGGGAGCGGGAAAUACAUUCAGAAAUACCCGAUACUUUUGCUGAUGAAUUUAUUAAGUUCUAUUACAAUCUGUGUAUAAUAUUCAUACACUAAUGAUGAGUUAGCGUCCAGACACAGGGAGAGACAGUAGUCGAGAGAGAGAGAGAGAGAGAGAGAGAGAGAGAGAGAGAGGGGGGGGGGGGGAGGAACGGAGUGAAAGAGAGACAGACAGGCAGAGAAAGGGUGGAGGAUGGGAGACGCACAUGAGAAUAUGAAACAGUGAAUGUUAAGGGCGUCAAGUGGAGUGGAGGUGACGGCAAACGGGACCUGUUUUGAGAGAGAGAGAGAGAGAGAGAGAGAGAGAGAGAGAGAGAGAGAGAGAGAGAGAGAGAGAGAGAGAGAGAGAGAGAGAGAGACACACACACACCCCCCCUGUAAAUACAGACCACAACCUUUAAGGGGAAAUGUGAUUAAAUUAACUGUUCUGUGUAAAAGGAGAAAUCAGUCAUCACAUUUGACCCCCCCCCCCCCCCCCCUCCAUUUCAGAAAUCCUGCAUCCACGCCUGGAGAUCGAAAGGGUAGAGAAUGAAAGGCAGACAAAGAUAGGGACAGAGCACUUGAAAAAAGUGAAUGUUUAGGGUGUCAAGUGGAGUGGAGGUGACGUGGAAUUCGUUUGGCAGGAACAGCUUCCUGUGACUGCCUUCGAUUGUCCUGAAAUUGGUUUAAAAGGUAUACGAAUAUUUUAAUUCUAAUAAACAUAUAUAGAAGAUACUCCUCGAGUGUCUUGUGAUAUCAUAAUUUAUCAGCACGAAUUGAUAAAAAUAUGAAAUCCGAGGCUUGCCGUGAAUUUGAACAUGUCUGUACUUUUAUAGUGUUGAUAAAUUAUUAUGUCACAAGACACGAAGGGGUAUUCUUUUUAUCAUCCAUUUUUUUUUUUUUUUUUUUUUUUUUUUUCAUUUGUUAGUUGAAUAUCUUUAUAUUUGGCAGCGGUAGACUCCUUAACUAGCAGAACGACAGUGGC